UGUCCUCGUGAGCUUCACGCCACGUGUCUCUGACGCGGAACAACAACUUCCGCCCGUGACGUCACUGCUGCUGUCAGAGCAAAGAUGGCGGCGUCCCGUGCGCGAGCCGUGGGCUCUGUUUUGGGGAGAUGUGGCAGCGCGAGCUUGACCGCGGUCACGUGGCAGCUGAGCCGACAGGUGAGCAGGCAGAUCUGCGCGAGCUCCGCCCUCCGCCGGAAGAACCUGGCGGCCGCAGGUCCGGAGAAGUUCACCAUGGAGUUCAUCCAGAAGCAGGUGGACGAGUUCAACAUCGGGAAGAGGCACCUGGCCAACAUGAUGGGAGAAGACCCGGAGAGCUUCACCCAGGAGGACGUGGAUAGGAGCAUCGCUUACCUUUUCCCCUCUGGCCUGUUUGAGAAGAAAGCCCGGCCCCUCAUGAAGCAUCCGGAGGAAAUCUUUCCAAAGCAGAGAGCUGUCCAGUGGGGAGAGGACGGACGGCCGUUCCACUUCCUGUUCUACACCGGCAAACAGUCGUACUACUCCCUGAUGCAUGAAAUGUACAGCAAGAUCCUGAACAUAGAGAAGUACCAAGAUCGUCUGCGAGCCAAGGGACUGUUCACCCAGGACGUCAAGCAGAUCUCUCUGGGCACGAGCAGGUGGCUCACAAAGGAAGAACUGGAAGCGCUGCUGGUGGAGAGCAUCUCCACUCAUGAUUACGAUCACUUCAUCCAGCUGAUGGAGCGCCUGCUGUCCAUACCUUACUGCGCCACAGAGGAGGAGUUCGUCCUGCGUUACCGCCAGCAGCUGGAGGCCCAGUCCAGGAAGCAAACGGUGCCGGUGCUGGAGAGGGACGACCAGGGCGUGGCCUUCAGCACCUCAGACGGUCGGAGGAAGACGUCCACGUCCUCUGUGGUUCUUCGAGACUGCGGCUCCGGACGCGUCACCAUCAACGGGCAGGACUACUUGCACUACUUCCCCGUCCUACAAGACAGAGAGCAGCUGAUGUUCCCGCUGCAGUUCAUGGGCAUGCUGGGACGCUUCGACCUGGAGUGCACCGCGAGCGGCGGCGGGCGGUCCAGCCAGACGGGGGCGCUGCGGCUCGCCAUCUCUCGGGCUCUGCUCAGCUUCCUGACUGAGGGGGAGAUGGAGACCAUGAGACAAGCUGGUCUGCUGACUCCUGACCCGAGAGUGAGGGAGAGGAAGAAGCCGGGCCAGGAGGGAGCACGAAAGAAAUUCACCUGGAAGAAACGCUGAGGAGGAGGAAUCCCCUCACCUGAACUCCAACAUGAAACAUUCACAGCGACUCGUGGUAUUAAUGUUUGAAGUGACGCCUCGUCCACUGGCCCCAGAGGCCGGGUCCCUUCUUUAUUCAAACACACCCACAGCCUGGGCUCGACGAGCUGCAGUGAGCCUGGUCAGCCACCAGGUGGAAGUGUGUGUUCAGGAAUGAAUGAAAGUUGAAUAUUUAUCACAGUGUUGAUCAAUAAAUAAGAUUUUUCACAUAAAA